AUGGCUGGCGUUCAGGCACGUAUUCCAUUCAAAUCUCGCAAGAAGAUUUUCAUUGAUGAUCAAGACAUAGGCUCAAAUGAAAAUGAAGACAUCCUAAAUAUAGUGAGCAUGCCUAAAGGAAGAAGUUUAAAAAGACAUAAUAAUAGUAACCUGAAAGAUCAUCUUCAGGAAGGUAGUCCUGAAAAAAUAUCAAAAAAAAGUACUUGUUUAGAUACAAAAUCUCCAAAAAAUAGCAAAGAAUGCAUUAAACCUCUUACGAGCCGGGAGAAAGAAAUUGAAUGGCUGGAUAACUUUUUGACGCAGAAUCUUAAAGACGAACAAUCCGCAUCGCUAUAUAUAUCCGGACAGCCAGGAACUGGGAAAACAGCAAGUCUAUCAUAUAUAUUAAACUUAUCUAAGUUUAAAGAUGGCUUCAAACAAGUUUAUAUUAACUGUACAAUGAUGAAAUCAGCAGCAAGCGUUUAUGGUAGGAUUUGUAAGGAACUACAGCUGCAAACUUCUGGAUCUACGGAAAAAGCUUGUUAUAAUGCAAUAGAAAAAUAUUUAAAUAAGAAACAUAAGAUGAUACUUCUAGUAUUAGAUGAGAUAGACCAACUGGAUAGUAAACGGCAAUCUGUGCUUUAUACAAUAUUCGAGUGGCCGGCCCUAGCUAACUCACGGAUUGUGCUAAUCGGCAUCGCCAACGCUCUCGACCUGACUGAGAGAACUUUACCCCGACUGCAGGCGCGCUGCUCGUUGCGUCCAAACACGCUACAUUUUGCACCCUACACCAAAGAACAGAUUAUUAAUAUAUUUACUGCCGUACUUGCCAAUGAAGACAAAGGCAACGUGUUUUCUCCGGUUGCUUUGCAAAUGCUUGCAGCAAAAAUCGCUGCGAUAUCUGGCGAUAUGAGGAGAGCUUUAGAUAUAGGACGAAGAGUAAUAGAACUCGCAAAGCGUACAAAGUUUACCGUCAACCAGUCGGUUGACAACAUGAUGAAAGAUGCCUCGGUGACCGUAGAACUGAAACAAGUACUGGAAGUGUUGAACGACGUCUAUGGCGGAUCGAGAAAAAUGGAGUCCGAUGUAGAUGAGGGAUUCCCGUUACAACAAAAACUGAUUUUGUGUAGUCUGAUGCUAAUGCUAACUAAAGGCAAAGUGAAGGAUAUAAUGAUGGGAAAACUACACGAUGUUUAUAAAAAAGUCGCAACGGCCCGCAACAUAGCGCCCCUAGACAUCGGAGAGAUGGCACAGGUUUGUUCGUUACUGGAAGCGAGGGGCGCCCUUCGCACGGGGAGCGCUACGGGAGGCACUCGCGCGCGCCGCUUGCGCCUGCAGUGGGACCGCUCCGAGCUGGCCGGCGCCUUGCGGGACAAACCGCUUCUCGCUUCCAUACUCGAUGACGUUAAAUGUUUGACUAACUAA